AUGGCUAAGUCAACGCGUGGCAGCUACGAACAAAAGUUCGAUCGGGCAUGGGAAGUGCUGCUGGUCAGAUGGCAUGACAACAAGGUGGUCAACGCCAUGACAAACUACGACUCAGCCGACCCGCCCACUUCAACGAUCCGCUACGAUCGUUCGGCCAGAAAACGUCUCCCAAUACCGCAGCCCAAGGUUCUGAAAAGCUACAACAUGGGCAUGGGCGGAGUCGACCUGCAUGACCAGCUACUGGGGGCGCUGGAGUCGGCGCUGGACUCGCCGGCGCUGUCCGAGCAGGAGCGCUGCUGGCGCCGGCUGUCGGCCGACUACCAGUCCCGCUACUGCGGCCACUGCAACACCACCACCGACAUCAAGGAGGCCAACUUCUUCGGCAGGGACGGCCAGUUCAUCCUGGCCGGCUCCGACGACGGCACCUUCUUCAUCUGGGAGCGGCAGACGGCGGCCAUCGUGCGCGUGCUGCGCGGCGACGCCACCAUCGUCAACUGCGUGCAGCCGCACCCGCGCCUCUGCCUGCUCGCCUCCAGCGGCAUCGACAGCUGCGUGCGGCUCUGGGGCCCGCUGCCGGAGGGCGCGCCGCAGGAGCGGUGCGUGGCCGACGCCGAGCACGCGGCGCAGGCCAACCAGCAGCGCAUGAACGCCGACCCGAUGGACAUGAUGCUGCUCAACUUCGGCAGCCGCGUGGCCGGGGGGGACGAGGCGCCCGGCCAGGGCAUCCCGUGCCGGACCAGCUAG